AUGCCUCAAACCGCCGACAACCUCCUCAGCGACCCUGAGAUCGCCAAUGCCUACGAAGACGUAAGAUCCGACAAAUCAGCCACAACAUGGAUGGUGCUCAAAUACAUUUCCGGCACCUCCGAUGCGUUGAAGUUGGAUUCUACUGGUGAAGGCGAUAUCACGGAGAUGGUAGAGAAUUUGGGGGACGAUGAGGCUGCGUACGCAUUUGUGAGGAUGACGGUGGGGAAUGAUGAGUUGUCGCAGAGAGUCAAGUUUGUGUUUGUCUCUUGGUGUGCGAAGUUUCUGAUGGAGAGACUUGAAGCCUUCUUACAAUACGAUAUGCUCGCAGUAUCUGGGACAAUGACUAACUUCACUUCUCACCAGNGUCCCAACACAAGAGUCAUGCGCAGAGCAAAGAUGACUACUCAAAUCGGUCAAGUCAAGCAGGUCCUGCGAAGCUACGCCAUCGAGAUCCAAACCGACAGCAAGACCGAUCUCAAGGAGUCAGAAGUCACCAUGAAGCUGAGAAAGGCUAUGGGCGCCAACUACGACCGUCAAGCAUCAGGGUACUAA